CGCCGUUCCUUCCUGACCAUAGACGACCUCGAGAUCACUUGCUUCCCCUUUACGGCUCCGGCGAUAUUGUAUCAGCUCGCUCCCCCCAAAAGUCAUGUCAACUCAGUCAGUGACCUCAUCGUCAGAGGUGACACGACCUACGCGCCUCCUCGCCGGCCUCCUCUUCGGCGCACUCGCAGCCUCCAGCGGCAUCUAUCUCACCAAACAACGGCGUAGAGGAGCCCGCAACACUUCGGCUUCACGUCGCCCCAGAAACAAGCGCACUACUACGCCCAAAGAAGACCACGAUCAUGACAAUGUCGAUCAGACGUCAGAAGCUGGGCCUAGCGCUCCUUCCAAGGCCACCAUUCACCGGCCAGGCGUGGUGAGGGGAGUACAAGGACUCAUUGGCAACACGCCCUUGAUGAGAAUUGAGAGCCUCAGCAAAUUGACUGGCUGCGAGAUUCUGGUGAGUAGCACAGUAGAUCAUAUCAGAGAAUUUGCAGACUCACAUCACAACGCCUCUCAUGACACCUACCUCCCCGCCCACUCGCAGGGCAAAUGCGAAUUCCUCAACCCCGCAGGUUCGCCCAAGGAUCGAGUAGCCCUGCAGAUCCUCCUCGAUGCCGAAGCCGAUUCCCUCAUCUCUCCCCACGUGGGUGACUGUGUAUUCGAAGGCACCGUCGGCAGCACAGGCAUCUCCCUCGCCACCCUCUGUCGCGCAAAGGGCUACCGAUGCUCCAUUGUCCUUCCAGACGAUGUCGCAGCUGAAAAGAGUCAGUUGCUGGAAAAGCUAGGAGCUCAGGUGAAAAAGGUCAGGCCGAGAGGUAUCGUUGACAAGAGGCACUUUGUCAAUGAGGCAAGAGCUCUUGCAGCUGCCUUUGGCGGCGCAGAAGAUGAGGAGGUCCAGACGCAGCUGGUCGAUGAUGACGCCUCGGCCCUCUUCGUCCAGCAAAGGGCAUCGUCGACGGGAGGCGACUUCCGACGCCGGCCAAGAGGCUUCUUUGCCGACCAAUUUGAGACGUCUUCCAACUUCAAGGCUCACUACAAUGGGACAGGACCAGAGAUAUGGGCACAAUGUGGCGCCGCAAGUCUAGAUGAGGUGGGCGUGGGUGACCAGACUCACUAUCCUCAAUUGGACAUCUUCGUGGCCGGUGCUGGCACAGGAGGAACUCUCAGCGGCGUCGCUGCCGCUCUGAGGGAUAGGGAAGCAGCACUGCGCCGCAAGAGCAAGAACAGAGAGGAUGCUGCGGGAGUAUUCGCUGUGACGUCCUCUCUUUGGCGAAAACUUUCAUCGUGGACCCACGCCAGCCCAGCUCCCAACACAAUCCAAUCAACCCCUCCACCAAUACGCAUCGUGCUAGCAGAUCCCCAAGGCUCCGGCCUCUUUAACAAGGUCAAACACGGCGUCCUCUACUCCUCCACUGAAGCCGAAGGGACCCGCCGUCGUCACCAAGUGGAUACCAUCGUCGAAGGCAUCGGCAUGAACCGCGUCACCAAGAACCUCUCCUUUGGGAUUGAGAUGGUUGACGACGCUGUUAGUGUCAAGGACGAAGAGGCGGUGAGGAUGAGUCGUUGGUUGAGCGUUAGAGAUGGACUUUUUGUGGGGAGCAGUAGCGCGGUGAAUGUUGUAGCGGCGGUGAGAAGUGCUGUUAAGAUGAGGGAGCAGUGGAAGGCGCUGGGCAAAGAGGGCAGACCAACCGUCGUUACCAUCUUGUGCGAUUCUGGAGUGCGGCAUCUCUCAAAGUUCCACAAUGACGGAGUACUGGCCAAGGACUAUGGCAUCCAAUUGCCGCAAGACAGCAUGGAUAUUGACAUCAGUGACUUGCUGCAGGGCUGAAGCGUACCCUGAUCUGAGCGCACUUCAAGAAGAGCUGGGAACAUCCUUCGGACGUUUGCGAAACACACCUGUA